AUGGGUAUUUUAUUUGCUGUUCUUGUGUUCUGUAUUGCACCAGAGUUUGGUCGUUCUGUACCAUUACAGAAACGAGGUAGGCAGGUGGACAUUUUAGAUUUUAUUCUGGCUUCUCUAACCCAAUUUUAAUUCGGUGAUCCACGAUAUGUGACUAUUUCAGGUGCGUCAGACGAGAUGGUGUUCGAGGGUGAUAUGAUAAUGCCAGUAGAGGAGGUAGAGCGCGCCAUACGUGGUGAUGAUUUGGACGCUCCUGCAGGAAGAACUAGAGGUGCCAGGAGAAAUGGACUGUGGCCAAAUGCUGUUGUCCCGUAUGUCUUUAGCAGCAGCAUCAGUAAGUUGAACUUCCUCAAACGCCGAUUUAAAUUACACAAUUUUUGCCUAAAACUGUCGCAUGCAACCUGCUUACAACUUGAGCUGUACUGUGGAAAUUAAACACACAACUCACUUACAUUGUCGUAGGAGAGUUGUGUGCUUGAUUUCCACAGUACAACUCAAGUUGUAAGCAGGUUGCAUGCGACAGUUUUAGGUAAAAGUUGUGUAGUGUAAAUCUGCCUUGAAAUUAUUCCACCCUAGUCCUGGCCUUACCCUUAUUCAAACCCUAACCCCAGCCGUAGACAUUCACAAUACAAAAUUUUAUAGCGUGUAUGUUAAAAAUGACUUUCUUUUGCGAUAGAGAACCCAGUUUUGAAUUUAGUUGGUUUGAAAGGUCCAACAGAAGGAGCCAUUCGUAGCGCUAUGAAGGAAUGGGAGGAUAAAACGUGUUUGAAAUUUGUCCCGAGAACUAAUCAAGCUGACUACAUUGAGUUUGUUGAUGCAGGUUUUGGAAAGUAAGAAUACUCCACAGAUUCUAAGAUAUUAAUCUUUACUCUUACAGGACCUCUAGGGAGAACAGUUUAGAACUGAUAUAUAGAGCUACCUAGCUAGUAUAGAGAUUCGUUUGAAGAUGUUGGAAAAGUAAAUGAGAUAUCUUUUUCUAGAUGUUACUCUCACGUUGGUCGUGUUGGAGGGAAACAAACAAUCUCUCUUGGGUUCGGAUGUUUUACUCAUGGUAUUGCUGUCCAUGAGAUUGGUCAUGCAAUGGGUAAGUCUGACUAUUUUAAUAAUGGAAGAUUUUUCCUAGUAAAUUUUUAUAUAUGUAAUCUUAACCUUGUGUUUUAAUCACCAUUCCAUGUAAAUUAGUGUUGAAAAGCCUCUUUGAGGAACACAAUAAAGUAUGUAUGUAUGUAUGUAUGUAAUUGAUGACGAGUGACGUCUCGUACUUCCUGUAACAUUAUCGUUUUCGUCAUUUUAGGUUUCUUCCAUGAGCAGAGUCGACCGGACAGAGAUAAUUAUGUUGAAAUUAUCUGGGACAACAUUAAAGAAGGUUUGGAUUUUUGCAUCUUAUUCUAAGCCUCGUUUAUACUAUCAAAGUUUCUGCGAUCACAGUAGGAAUUUUUUAAUCUUGUUUUACACUAUCAAAGUUUCUGUGAUCACAGUAGGAAUUUUGCAUUGGUAAAUUCUACGUUUUUAAGGAUUUGUAAGAAAUGUUUGAAGAAACUUACUCGGUGUUUAACAUUGAAUCAGUUCUCUCAAGUGUUUUUUACGAAUCCUUCAAAUUUACCCAUGCAAAAUUCCUGCUAUUGCCACAGAGACUUUGAAAGUGUAAACCAGCCUUAAAACACAUUGUAUGAUUGUAAAAAUUUUGGUAGUAUUAUUCUUAACUAUUCUUUCUAGAGGUUCAGUAAAGGCCAUUCCUUGAAAGGCAAACAAACUUGUCUAAGCAAAAUAACUCUCGGAUACUUAUCGUUUUCUAGCCAACAAAUUCAACUUCAACAAAUAUGGCCGAUCAAGAAUCGACUCCUUGGGUGUAGAGUAUGACUACGGAUCCAUAAUGCACUACGGGAAGAGAGACUUCGCCAAGUGGCCCUGGCAGACGACGAUCAGACCAAAGAAAGCUGGAGUGUCUAUUGGACAGAGGAAAGGACUCAGUGUUCUUGAUGUCAAACAAGCCAAUCUUCUGUACAGAUGUUAGGUAAUUAAUCCCGCCAGAGAGUAUUUUUACCAUGGUCAAUAGUUUUUAGUUUUAAUAAGCUUUCGUACAUUUAUACGAGGAGUUAAACAACAGAGCAAGCUCCAAUCAAGGUGUAACUCCGAAAAUAGAAUAAGAAAGUUAGGAAUCUUGAUGCAGAUAUAAUAGACCCCAUUAUCUAUGUUUUUUUCUUGUGAAUUUUCAAUUGUAAAUUAGCUAAAAAACAUUUUCUAUUCUGUGCUCUAGGCUCUCCGGCAAUUUUUCUCGACGAAGUCGUAGAAUACAACUGCCAAGUUAUGAAUAAAAGAUUUUGAUCAAUCUAAUAGCGUCGAUUCAGAUGAGUUUAUAUAUUUUCUGUAUUGUCCGUUGGCAUGACUCUAUACUCCGUCAGAUUAAUGGCCUUUUGCUUAGACGAAAGGUUUUUUUGAAACUGACAAAAAUUGCCAUAUUUAGCGGUUAUGUCUUAACUGCAGGGAAUCCCAAUUUCAAAAGUUCAGCAUGAGCUUGACGUCUAUGAAUAUUUUUCAUAGUUCACUGCGGACUCUUAUCCCACGCUUUUCUACACAACACAAGCAGAACUAUUUAAAGAACGCCUUUCUUUUCUCAACGAUUUCCGCUUUACUUUCCAAGCAAGGUUUUAAAAUAGCCUUAGUAAUUUUGAGGACCGGCAUUUGCUUACCAUUGCCGGACAGCUCUAUGAAACACAAGCAUCAUCGUAUGUGUAUAAUAAUAAACGGAGUAAUUUGAAGUUGAUGAGUCGGUAAGACUUAGCGAUGAAUUGGUUUUGAGAAGUGUUUUGAAGGUGGACAUCUUUUAUUGACAUGGAUUGUUAGUCAUCAGAACUGAAAGUGGUAAGUAAUUAACCCAUUCAAGUUUCUACGGUUGCCUUUUUAUGUUUGAUGUUUGCCUUAAUUAUUUUGUGGAAAAGCUUUCGUCAGGAUCUUGAUGACUGCUUUCAUUACUGCAAUUACUGCUAAUAUGAUGAAUAUCUGGGCUUACAGAUGUUUUGCUAGCGAAAAUAUAACCAAAUACUCAGGCUGAAGUUUUACCACGUAAAUCACUGGUGUUUUCCGCAAAACGAGUGAAAUAUAUCUAUCGCCGUGCAAACUUUAAAAAUCUAAUUUUUCUUUCAUUUUUAGACAAAACUAAAGAAAUGUUGUUGGAGAUUUGUAUCCUACUGUUAACAACAGCUAUCCUCGUUCUUUACCUCACGAAACCUUCAAGACCCCCUGGCUUCCCUCCUGGUCCUCCAACGCUCCCACUAAUUGGCAACCUGCACAAUUUGGGCACCAAACUACACCUUCAUCUAAACUCCCUAAAAUCUAUACACGGGCCCAUAUUCAGCAUCUACUUAGGCCGAACACCUAUUGUCGUUAUAAACAGUAUUACCGCGGCUCGAGAGGCAGUUCUCCGACAACGGGAUACUUUCUCCGGGAGACCACACCCCAGUGAACUACCCUAUGGUUGUCAGUUGGUAGGCAAUCAAGGAACAAACGUAGGUUUCGGUGACGUCACAUCAGAAUGGAAACUUCAAAGAAAAAUUGCUGAGCAAGCACUAAAGGAUUUCUUUGGUAGAACAAUGGAAGAUCACGUGACAACAGAAGUGGGGAAACUUCUCGCGAGAUUACGUCCACGCGUGGGAGAACCGUUAGAGCUUGGGCCCGACUUUGAUUUGGCAAUAUUGAAUGUCAUAUGUUCUCUGUUAUUUGGAGUACAUUACGAACUCGGGGACAGCGAAUUUCAACGCAUAGUCUAUUUCAAUGCGUGUUUCGCCGAGGGACUAAAACCCGGUCAACUUGUGGACGUUUUUCCAUGGAUAGCCAAAUUUCCGUUACCAGGCCUCCAGAAGUUACGACACGCGGUUGCUAUUCGCGACGAGAUUUUAGACACGAAAUAUGCCGAGCAUAAGGCGACGUUUGACGAGAAUAAUAUACGUGAUUUGACGGAUGCAAUUUUAAAAGCAAAGUAUGAAGUUAUAGAUCCUGAAAACGACCUCAAAACCUCUUUAACUGAAGGUCAUUUAAAAGCCAUAUUGGCUGACUCUUUCAUUGCUGGGUUUAAGACCACUGCGACAAAUCUCCGAUGGGUAUUUGUUUACCUGCUUAAUAACCCCGGGGUUCAAGAUCGUAUACAUCAGGAACUUUCACCCUACUCCGAACCUCCGGGGUUGAAAGACCGACCGGUACUUCCAUACCUUCAAGCAACACUGGCCGAAGUAUUGAGAUGCGCAAGCCCGGUUCCUAUUCCUAUACCACAUCGUGUGACCGCUGAUACAACCCUGUGUGGAUACCAGAUCCCUCAAGACACCACAGUGUUUUUAAACCUCUGGGGAAUCAACCACGAUCCUGAUUGGUGGGACCAACCGUUUGAAUUUAAACCAGAACGGUUUUUCAAUGCUGAAGGAUUGUAUGAGCCUCCAUCGGCUUCACGAUGUAGUUAUAUCCCAUUCUCCGCUGGAAGGAGGGUUUGUCUAGGAGAGAGCCUUUCUAACGCAAUACAGUACUUGUUUGUCAGCAGCCUGCUGCAUGAGUUUAUAUUUGAAGUCCCGCUAGGAUGUGAGCCGCCAGACACUGAAGAACUUACCACAGCGGUCUUGGAACCCAAACCAUUCCAAGUCGUUCUCAAGAAAAGAUAA